AGUGGCGAAAACAACGUAGCAUCUCCGUGUAUCGUGCGGCGUCGUUUCUUCUUGACUUUUUUUGUUUGGCCGUCCGGUGCUGGUUUGAGGAGCGGGGUUUUAUUUUUGAUCAUCCCUCUCUUUUCUAUGGUUGUGUUUGUUCUCUUUCUCGUGCUACUCACACAGGCCUUUUAUUGAUCCCUCUCUCUCUUACUGUUAAUAUUAUUAUUAUUAUUAUUAUUAUUAUUAUUAUUCGUAUUUCUAUCAUCAUCAUCAUCGACUGACUUCGUCUCCUUUUCUUUUCUCUGUGUUUCUCAGAUGCUGGAGAUCUCGAGUCUGGGGCAGCUGCUGUCUCUGGUGCAGCGCAGCGAUGCCGUCACCGUCGUUGAUUUUUACGCGGACUGGUGCGGGCCCUGUCAGCAAAUCAAACCGCAGUUCGAGCAGAUGGCCCGCUAUUACGACGCGAAUAAAGUCACCUUUGCCAAGUGCAACGUGGACCGCAACCGCGACUGCGCCAGUCGGUACGGUGUGUCGUCCAUCCCCACCUUUAUCGUCUUCCACGCGAACGAGCGUAUUACGACGGUGACCGGCGGCGAUCUGGGCACCGUGCAGCGGAACAUCGACCUUGCGUUGGGCCUCAUCCCCACAAACGCACCAUCUGCGCCGCCGUCUGCCGGAAACGGCAAUGGCAGUGCACGCAGUAGUGGGGAGGUGCAGGAUCCGUUUGCGGAGCAGAUGCUGCGUGUUGUGGAGGCCAGGAACAAGAAAAACCCGAUUUUGGAGAAGGACAGCUGCGAUGCCGCCUACGCGCUGCUCAAGGCGAAGGCGCCGUACGGUAUUUUGCUGCUGCCCUACCUCGCCUCUGACGCCUUCUCCGCGGUGGCGUUGGAGGCCCUCUUUGCGAACAUAGCCACCCGCCCACCGCCGGAGCGGAGCGACAAGGAGCAGCUGAUCAACCAGGUCCUGUGCCACGUCAUGCAGCUCGCCACCUAUCUUUCCUGGGAGGACAUGAGUGUGGUUGAGCAGCUGCACCGCGUCCUCCUCGCACUCAUCAGCUGCCCCAGCGCUCAAACCGCCUUCAUCUCCAGUCCGAUUUUCACCAGCGUGUUUGUCACGACGGGCACGCAGCUGGAGCGCACAACGCUGCUGGGCGUGCUCUUUAGCCUGAGCCCGAAGCCACUGAGCGAGCCGGUCCUCCCUGGCAGAGAGUGGCAGGACGUCCUGGCUCAGUUCCCCCCGCAGCAGCAGGAUCAGCACUCCCAAACAGUGUACGGCAUCCAGCAGCGUGUGGAGACGCUUGCGAAGAUGAACGUGCGGCUUGUGCAGGCGCUGCUGCGGUCCAAGACGACCCGCGACGCCACGCUGCGCUACCUCGGCAGGGCCCUGCAGCUGAAUGAGGAUUAUCUCAAGACAAUGCACCACAACAGCCCCAUCUGCUCCCGGUACUUCAUGAUCCAGCUGCAGUCGGUCCUGCUCGAGCUGGCCCUCCCCAUCUUCCAGGUCCGCGGCAGCAAGGAGGGCGAUGGGGGCCGGUACGACUAUCGCCAAAUCCCCGCCUACUACUUACUCGAUCGCCUCUACGGCCCGCACGGAGCCGUCGUCUCUUUCGGACACGACGUGGAGCGGGUGACGCACUUCGAUGAGACAAACCCGCUGCCGAGUGUCCCAGUGAGCAACACCGCACCGUACAAGCCCGCCGCGCACCUCUUCUUCCUCGCCGCGCGCGUGCUGACGCUGUGUGCGGCGGUCUUCGUCGACGAGCACGACCGCGACGAACGGCAGGCGACGCACCCGCAGGCCCCGCUGACGCAGCGGAACUUCUACACGGCGGAGAAGCUGCUGCUGGAGGGUCUGAUGGGCUCCAACGAGCUUGGGGUGAGCCGGCUGGAGUUCGUGAACCACCUCGCCCACUGGCUGCUGCAGGUGAUGCAGGUGGACGGCAACGGCGCGCUGCCGACGAACCCGCCGCUGGAGUGGUGCUACCUCCCGCAGUGCCUGGUGGACUGCGUCAUCCGCACGACGAAGAUGGCGCCGGUGGACGGCCUCUUCUCGGAUGGCAUGAUCUCCCUCAUGUUGGUCCUGAUGGGCAACACAACGUACUUCCCGAAGCCGCACACCCACGCCCUCUUCCCAGCCUAUCUGCUGCGCCUGCAGGAGAACUACACGACGCGGAAGGUGCUAGAGCAGCACCCAUGGUUUAGCACCCACAUUGUGCGCUCCUGCAUGGAGUGCUACAUCACCGUGGAGAAGUCGACCUAUGAACGGGUGGAGGUGCGCUACGAGCUCUCCUACGCCAUUAAAAACUUUCUCAAGUCCGACCUACUAUGUGAGCCGGUGCGGGAGGAGAUGGAGUCGCAGGCCAACAACACAAUGCUUGAGCGCUUCUCGCACAUGGCGGUGGCGGAGGUGAACGAGGCGGUGGAUCAGGUGAUCGACACUCUCACAAAGAUGAACGAGAUGAUGAAGGCGGGUGCCGACACGUCGGAGAACGCGGUCGCGGCGAGCUCGCGCGGUGCGACAGCCGCUGGUCCAUCUAUGGAUGGAGGGCAGCAGCCACCGCCACCACAGCAGCAGCAGCCAGGUCGGCGCCGGCGUCAGCCCGCGAACAGCAACGAGGAGGCUGACGGGUCGGAAGGCGAUGAGGAAGAGGAGGAAAACGCGGACGGCGCGCAGACGUACCACCAGCGUGGCAUGGGCCUCCGUUCGAACCUGAUGCUCUUCACCGCGUCGAUGGACAUGUUCAUUGAGCUCUCCCUCCAGUUCCCGAAGGGUGUCUCGCAGAACAUGGUGGCGGGGCAGAUCAGCGAGAUGCUGGCGCGCAGUUUGAUGGCCUUCGCUGGGCCAAACAGCAGAAACUUGCGAAUCCAAAACGCCGACAGCUACAACUUCCGCCCACGCGAGGUGUUGAUGCGGCUGGUGGACUGCUUCACGCACUUCCGCCGCUCCAAGAACUUUCUGCGUUGCCUCUGCCACUGCAGCAUCCCACUGGUUGACAUCCGCGGCGUGAUGCGCACCAUCGUGGACCGCCAGCUCGUCUCAGAGGAUUUGCUGUGGAAGGUCUCGGAGAUGGCCUCGGCGCUCACCUCCGUGUCGAAGGAGGUGGAUAAUGAGGAGGCCAUCUGGGACGAUGCACCCGACUUCGCCGUGGACGCGUUGCUCUCUACGCCGCUGCUGCAGCCCGUUGCUCUGCCGGCGGAGGUGAAGGACUUGGCGGACUUGGUCUACGUAAACAAGGAGACGCUGCACCACCUGCUGCUGUCGGAGAGCAAGCACCCCUUCACGAAUGAGCCGCUGACGGAGACGAUGGUGGAGGAGUUCAACAAACGCCCAGAUGUGGCGGCCGCGGUGGAGGAGCGCCGGGUAGCCAUUCAGAAGUGGCUCGACGAAGCGAAGGCAGCGAAGGCGUAG